CAACGUUUGUUUUGUUUUCGUUCGAAAUCGUUUCGGUCGCUGUCACAUCAACUGACGACAGGAAAAAUUCUUAAAAAUUCAUAAUAUAAAAACAAGAGAAAGCAAAUCACUUUGUAAAAUCUUGGAAAGUCUUAAGGAGACGCAGGAAGAAGAAAAGAAAGGACAUGUCGACGGCUCCCGAAGAUCGAUUGCGGGAAAAUCUGAACCGCUGCCUAUCGGAUGCUUUGGUGAAGGGAAUUGGAGGCCUGGUGAUCGGAUCCGUGGUCACCCUGCUGUUCUUCCGUCGUAGGAUCUGGCCCAUUUGGUUGGGUACCGGAUUCGGAGUGGGCAUGGCCUAUAGGGGAUGCGAAAAGGAGCUCAACUCGCUCAAGUACAAUCCGCACGAAUGACGAAUGCACAUCGGCGAUGCUAUCCAACCUAAUUGAUGACGAAUUUAUGAUGCUGGCGUUUUCGGACUUGGAUUUGGACUAGCGGCAAUGUAACAUGUAAUUGGCAAACAUUUUUGUUUUUAAUUUCGGAUGCCCCAUAUUGGAUGCAAAUUUUAAAAAAGUUAAUAUAUGUAAAUUAACAUUUUCCUGAAAA